UCGACCCCACCCUCCCCUCCAGAUUGGGGAUGUCUGUCCCUCCCCUCCUCCCUGAGACUCUGGUUGGAGGGAUAAGGUGCACCCGGGUUCAGGACAACUUAUAAGACUGGAAGCCUCUGAGUAUUACUUAUCGGCAUUUAUUCUGUGCCUUGUGUGGUAGGCACAGCGUUUGAUGUGGGUCAUAAAAGGAAGCAGGCCUGUCCUUAAGAUGCCCACAGGUUAGGGAGACAGAAGUGGCAUGAUUGCCCCUGUGUGCUGUGUGAUGCAUGAGGGUCACAGGGUUGGGCCACGUGGCUCAAAAGAGGCUGGAGGGGUCAAGGAAGGCUUCUAGCAGGAGGGGUCAUUUGAGAAAGGCCCCAAGGAGGGGUAGGAUGUAAUUAAGGGGUAGAGAAGAAAGAAGGACAUUCCAGCAGGGGGACACUGGCUCGAACAAGACUGGGGAAUGAUGGGCACUGAGGCUGGGGGCUGGCCAACCCUCGGGUGCCCUCUGACUCCUCUCUCUGUUUCUGCCUCCUCAGGGGCCGGUGAUUGCAGCCGGACGUGCCCAUGACCGAGCUGGCAUCCUCCGGGGGCGGGUCCCCUGCGGGGGACGGGGAGGAGGGCCUGGGGGACGAUCGAGGCCUGGUCAUCCACCACCCGGCGGAGGAGCAGCCGCACCGCUGCCCGCUGUGUGGCCAGACCUUCGCCCAGCAGCCCAGCCUGGUGCGGCACCAGAAGGCGCACGCCGGGGCGGGCCGCGCAGCCGCCUUCGUGUGCCCGGAGUGCGGCAAGGCCUUCAGCGUCAAGCACAACCUAGAGGUCCAUCAGCGCACCCACACGGGCGAGCGGCCCUUCCCCUGCCCCGAGUGCGGGCGCUGCUUCAGCCUCAAGCAGAACCUGCUCACCCACCAGCGCAUCCACAGCGGCGAGAAGCCGCACCAGUGCGCGCAGUGCGGCCGCUGCUUCCGCGAGCCGCGCUUCCUGCUCAACCACCAGCGCACCCACGCGCGCAUGCCCGCGCCGCACCCGCGCCGCCCCGGCGUCUUCGGGGAGCGCAGGCCCUACUUUUGCGCCCGCUGUGGCAAGAGCUUCGCGCGGGAGGGCUCGCUGAAGACCCACCAGCGCAGUCACGGCCACGGGCCCGAGGGCCAGGCGGCCCAUUUAGGCCGCGUGCUCUGAUGCACGCAGAACCUGCCGCCGCCGCCGCCGACUGUUUCCCGCCCCAGAGCCGCAUCUGUGACCCCUGGAGAUGCCGCUGGGCUGGGGCCCCCUCUCUGGAUGGGAUCCUGGGAGACCGUGAGGGCUGGCUUGGGGGGUCUCAAAAGGAGCGGGCCGCUGCUGGGCUUGGGCCGCCUCCUUCCGUUCCUCCUCCAGGACCCUCCGGGUGGCUGCACACGCCUGCUUUGGGCCCCUGUGUUGGUCUUCCUCCACAGGCACACCCAGCUUAGAGCAGGUGAGACCUGGCGCUGGCCAGAGCCCUCUUGGGCUUGUUGGGGGUCACGUGGGGGAGGUGGGGCAGACUGGGCUUCUCGGUGUAGGACUAUUGUCUUACAAGAUCCUCACUCCCUGAAUGCCAGAAUUAAAAGCCGCCCGGAGAGAGGACACUCUCCACAGUCCUCAGACCUCCCCCAGUCCCAAGGUCUCCUGGCACAAGUGCUUCCUCCUUAGUACCUUGGAGAAGUCAUUUCACUUCAAGGCGCAGUUUGCUUCUGUAUAAGUAGGGGCUGAAGAUGAGGGCCUCCUCCUCCCGGGGAUGUUCUGAGGACUCUAAGUUUAGCAGAUAAGAGGGGGUGACAUCAUUAAUUGAGUGCCCCAGUGUGCCAAGCCGUGUGCUGAGUGGGGUCCUUGGGAGGAGCAUAGCCCUGUCCCUGGGGUGCUCAUACAGGGUGAUGCCUGCUACCGUAGGGGACAGACUGAAAGUGUUCUGGAGGGUGGGGAGGUGGCUGGCGACACCCAAGGCAAUUUGAUGGUUUGAGCUGGGUCCUGGGGACUCAUAGGGAACAUAGAACCUUCCAUAGAGUGUGGAAGAUUUCUAAGGUGGGGGUCCGAACUUGGAGGCUUGUAUUUGCUCUAAAAAAGGAUUUGUAGCAAGGGGAGGGGACACCAAAAUGUCUAAUGGAAAGAGCCCAGUGAGCCCGAGUGCAGUUCAAGGACAACUGGAAGCAAGAAGGAGAGAUGGAAGUGGGACCGGGGUCCUGGGGUCAUCCAGGCAAGAGAAUUGAGGUCCCCUGAGAGGCUUGGCCAAAGUCAUGCAGUGAGAAAGGGGCGAGCCAUGACCUGUCCCCCAGGCCUCAGAUUCCAAGCUGAUGCUUGGGCUUCUCUGCCGUGUGGUCGACAAAGAAAGUGAGGCAGCCCCAGGCUGGCCCUGGGUCACACACAGGAGUUAGUGGUGCAGCAAUGCAGGCCUGGACCUCGUUUUGGAUUCUGGACCCUAAGACCCUGUAUCUCUACUGUACCAUCAUUAAGAGAUGCUCCUACAGGUGGGAAAAUGGCGCUUUGAGGAAGCGGGAACCAUGUGGUAGGAGCAUGGGCAGGGGUGUUGGUGGGAGAUAAGGGUGUCUUCAGGGGACGUGGCCUCCUGGGUGGUGGGUUGGGAAGAAAGCAGUUGGGGGCUGGGAGAGGACCUGCCCCCACAGGGCCCUUGCUCCACACCCAGGCUGCUGCUCAGUGCUGGAGACCCGUCUCUGCCCUCCCCCCUUUCCUUAGAGCCAUGUGGCUUCUCGGGGAUCACUUGUCCUCUGCCUGCCACCCAUCGGUGGCUGUUGCAGUGUGGACUGGUGCUUAGUGGUGGAGAUUAAGAGAUUAAGUCGGGACCGGGGACAUCUGGAACCAAGUCACCAAGCACCCCUGAACCCACAAUGUCUCAUUGAUGUGGAGUGGUCAGGAGCUCUGGGCAGUGUGCAGGGCGCCUCUGACACAGAGACUCAGAAUGGGGCCCUGGGCCUGUGCCCCAGCAUGAGGCCAUGUCUCCUAAGAAGACCUACCUCAGGAGGUGAAGGCAGAGGGUCUGAUGGAGCCUGGAAUCAGAGACAGACUCUGUGCCUCGGUGGAAAAACUCCCCUGGCCUGCUGGGAGUCACGGCCGAAGAAGAGGUGGUCCUGGCUGCCCAGCCUCUCCCGUGGUAGCAGCGAUGGUGCCUGUGUGGGGAGCCAACUUCUGUGCUCCCGCCUGGCCCACCAGAGACAGGAAACGUGGAAGCAGACACCCGGCUCCAGAGGCAAGACCACCCCCCAGGGAUGGACACGCCUGCAGGCUUCCCUCUCCUUUCAGGGCAGUCGUUUCUUCACACUUUUGGGCUCACGAAGCCCUCUGACAAGAUGGCAAAGGUUAUGAACCUUCUCCCCAGGAAGACACACAUACUCACGGGGACGCAGAAUGUACGAGGGAUUCCCGGAGCUCUGGGACUCCAGGUCGAGAUCCCCAGGCCCUGGGGCUAGCCUGCUGCUCCUUCCUGAGCUGACACAGAGCCCUGGGUCAGGGUCUUCGUUCGAGUCACAUUUCGUUUUCCCCAUUCCAUACCCAUCGACCUUUCUUCCCUUUUCAGGAAUAAAGAGUUCUGAGGAGGGG